AUGUUCCUGACCCCUUCAGCAACAACAAAUCGUCAUUUAUUUGAUGUUGAUCCUCGUCGUUUGUCGAUAAUCAAUGCAGCUAAUAUAACUAGUGCUGGUGUUACUAUACAUCAACGUCGAACAUCAAUUGUUAAUUAUUAUCAGCGUCGAAAUUCUCAAUUACGUAAAGCAAGUUUUACGACUUCAACAUUGACACAUAUGUUUCUAUGUUUUUUCCAAACAGAUGAUGAUGAUGAUGAUGAAGAUGAUGAUGAUGACAUUAUAAAGAGAAAAAGAUUUAAUUCUAUAGAUGAAUUUAUCUUAUGUCAAAAUUAUUAG